AUGAGGAUCGUUGUGCUAAUGGGUUCUCAGCCUCUUUCGCUGAUUCGCAGUGUGGUGUUGGGUUCUGAAGGCCAUUUGAGAAGUUCUGUUGCAACACUCGGAAAGUUGCAGAACGGGGUCGGGGGUGCACUGCGGCAUUCGCUCCCUCGCCUGGAGCUUUGUCAGGACGCUGGCAACGAGAAGAGACAUUUACAAUCUCGGAAGCGCUAUUUGUUCCGCCUGAGCUUCUGGAGCUCGCUUCAACGCCCCGAGCAGGAGGACAUACGUCGCUUCGCUGGACAAUCCUUGCAGAGGGCUGGCUUGCGGCGUCUCGUCACCAAGGUGUGGCUUCAACCCAUUCCAACCCUGGCAGAAAUUCGGAGAUUAGCCUUGCAGCCUUUGCUGCUGCAUCCCUCGUUCCGCAUCGAUGGUUUCGUGCCGGGACCUGUGGUUACUUUGCGCCAGCUCGGAUUUGUCAAGUUACCAACUUGCAACAUCGGGUCAGGCCUGUCUCAGUCAACCCUUUGGUAA